AUGUCAUCAAAUUUUCAACCAAAUUUCCAAGAACUGAUUUCACAAUCCACAAUAAAUGAAAAAGAUUCAAGCUAUGACGUCACAAGUGCUGAUAAAUCCAAACUUUUAUCAAUGUUGACUCAAAACGCAAUAAAAAUAAAUGAAAAAUUCAUCACAAAAUUCACAAAAGACAGCAAAAACCUGAAAAAAGAAGCAAAAGAGGCCUGCAAAGUUCUUCAUUUCCAGUCUGACUGGACUUUUGAUGACUUUAUAGCUGAACUUGCUAUAUUAAACCCUGAAGAGUAUCCAAACUUAUUUAUUUUCAUCAUUGAAGUCGAGAAUUUCACUUUUGAUGCUGAAAAAGUGCUGAAAAUUCAAGAAAAUUUGCUCAAAUUCAGCACAUCACGUCCUUUGGUCCUCCAGCUGACAUUAGAUGAUUCAAAAUUUUACUACAAAAAUGAAAAUUCAAGACAAUUCAGCACAGUUGAUCAACAAGAAACUUUCGAGGAGCUGAAGAAUUUUCCGUCAUUUUUGUGCUCAUUUUUGGACGAAACUUUGGGACAUCCUGAAGAUUUUGAGAUUCAAAUCAUCGAGAUGCUUCCUCAAUUAAAUGACUCAACUUUAAUUCUUCGAUUCUUAAAGACGCUGGACUUAAGUGAUGAAUUUCAUGGCUCAAUAAUCCUCAAAGUAUCAGAAAAUGGCACCAAAAGUGACUUUUUGGCUGCACUUGAUGCUCAAUUUGACUUUGAUGGAAGGAUGUUAAGCACAAGAGCUCAAACUUACUUAUCAGACAUAUUUUAUGAGGAUCAGUCAGACGAUGAGUCAGCAGAUGAGUCAGAACAAGCUACAGACCACGAAGAGGCAAGCGCCGAACGAGAGAUUCAAGAUUCAGCAAGCGAGACAUCAUCAACAUCUAGUAACAGCCAUUUAAGUCCAUCAGUGAUGCUUAUAGCAGUUGAACAUAAAAACAAGGAAGUCAUCGACUAUUUAAUCACUUUUUGGACUCAUUUAAUUCAACAACUUCCUUUUAAGCACCGAAUUAGAAUUUCUACAGUUGCACUUGAGUCAAGUCAACUUGAUAUUUUGUGUGACUUGCUUGAAAUUUCAGACUUUCCAUUUCCUGAGAACUUUCAAGUUGAGUCAGUUGAGCAUGUGAAACUAAGUAAAAUAUCAGCAGAAAGAACUCAAUUCAGCACCUGGAUCAUGGAUGAGAACUUUGAGAAAAUUGAUGAAUUUAUUGACAGCAACUUGAACCUAAAAAUCAUUUACAAUCCAGAAAAUAAGUCAGCAAUGAAGCAAGCUGUUAAUCUUAAGAAAUUCAAUAUCUAUUGGCACUUAAAGUCAUUCGGAUUUAAAGCAACAGAAUUUGACAAUCUUGAAGAAAUUCUCAGUGGAAAGGAACUAAAGCAAGCAAUUCUGGCCAAAGUCCAACAAAGAAGGAAAAAUGUCAAUGAGUCACUGACGGAUGAUGACAAGUCAGUCAACUUAUUAUGCAAUCGAUCAUCAAUCCACAAUAAAAGGAUUAAAAAGGAACAAGAAGCUGAAUAUCGCAAGAAAAUAAGGAACUGGUUCAAUGACAUCAAGAAGAUCAAGUUUGGGACUGAAUUCCUGAAUGUUGCAGCUUCAUGUGAAAAAUUGAGGAUUAUUUUUGAUUUUGAAAGUAACACGGUUGAAAAUGCAAGCCUGUCGGGACCUCAUUCGCUUGGUUCCACAUAUUCAAACAACAAAUGGAUCUUCAUUGGUGCAAAAUUAUUAGACAACAAGCGUGAACAUAGAAUUAAAGGAGUUCUAGCACAUGAGUUGUGUCAUUAUGACAUGUGACUAGUUUUUGAGAAUCAGGAGAAUCCUUACUACAAGCACAUGCUUAAAAUAGCUGAAAUGUUUGAGGAAAUUGUCAAAAUAAUUGAUAAAUGGUCUGUAGAAGGUGCUGAAUGUCCAGAUGAUGAGUGCAACAGAAUCAUUUCCUCAGUCUUUAAAAUGUACUCAAAAGAUGAAUUUCAUUUGGAACUGAUUGUCAGGGUUGUGCAGAUUUUAGUUGAAUUUGAUGAUGAUCAGGAUAAAGUUAAGUAUCUUGAGGAUAAGUACAAGCAGUUGUUUGAUUUCUGGGAACAUCAAGUGAUUCCGGAACUGAGGAAGUUCAAUUUGAAGGAUCGAGAAGUUGUGAGGAAAAUGAAUCGACUUUUUGACCUGUUGCCGGGCAUUAAAAAUCAAAAAAUUGAGUUUCGUGAGUCAAAAGACAUAAAAGCUUUAAUUGACAAUAAUUUGAUCAUUGUGACAUCAAAUGUGCCGCUGCUGUUGCUCAUUAACAUGCAGCAACAUCUCAAGCAAGAACUUGGCGACUUAUUUGACACAAAUAAUGUUUUUGUUGACCCAAAAAAGCUUAAAAACCAGGAAAUAAGCAGCGAUUUUGAGAGAUUAUUAGACGAAGACUUAAAGUUGAGAUUUAUUGUUGACUGCUCAAAGGAAGUUCCUCAAGAUUUAGAUCAGUAUGAUGUGAAU